GGGGCCUUUUGAAUGCUCUCCUCUCUGUCUCUUGUUGAACAUGCCCUCUCAAAGCAACUGCAUGCAUUCUUAGAUGUUCAUCAACGCAAGGGACCGCAAACCUCCCAUGCUAUGUUUGCCUUCUCGCUGGACCCAUAACUCCACUCCAUUCCUCGGCUUCACAACCUCCGCCUGCUACUUGAGAUGCUCACCUCAUUGAAUUCACACGGAGGAGGAGGCGGCGCACAACACCAUGACCACCGCCACCCCAGCCAUCAAAGCUUACCACAUGGACAUAUCGCCCCAUCAACCCGUUCCUGCCAGUUGCUGAUCGGCUGCGCCGAGCUCAUCCACCGCGCCGACUACUCCGCCGCCCGCCGCAUCAUCUCCCUCCUCUCCACCAUCUCCUCUCCCCAUGGCGACUCCACCGACCGCCUCGUCCACCAAUUCACCCGUGCCCUCUCGCUCCACAUCGACAGCCUCACUCAUCUCCUCCCCCCCUCAUUCUUCUCGUCCAAUGGUGACACCCUCCAGUCCUCCUACCUCUCCCUAAACAAAGUCACACCCUUCCUCCGCUUUGCUCACCUAACCGCCAACCAAGCCAUUCUCGAGGCCGUCGAUGGCCGCCAAUCCAUCCACAUCCUCGACUUCGACACCUCGCAUGGUGUGCAAUGGCCUCCUCUCUUGCAAGCCAUCGCCGAACGUUCUGAGCCCUCCAACCGGCCGUCCGUCCGCAUCACCGGCACCGGCACCGACCUUGAUGUCCUCCACCGAACUGGCGACCGCCUCAAAGCAUUCGCCAGCUCUUUAGGCCUCAGGUUCCAAUUCCACCCCCUUCACCUCCCUACCACCAAUCCUGAUACUAGUGCUAGUUUCAGCUCUUUCCAACCGCACCCGGGCGAGACCCUGGCUGUGAAUUGCACGCUGUUCUUGCACAAGCUUCUGAGGGAUAGAGGCAGCGACGAUCCUGCGUGCAAACUUAUGGGUUUCCUUCGUGCGGUCAAGGAGAUGAACCCAGCAGUGGUGACAGUUGCUGAGAGGGAAGCUAACCACAACUCACCGGUAUUCUUGCAAAGGUUCAUGGAGGCAUUGGAUCACUACGCGGCGGUUUUCGAGUCUUUGGAGGCUACACUGCCGCCCAAGAGCCGGGAGCGGCAAGAGGUGGAGGAGAUGUGGCUUGGGAGGGAGAUCGAAGACAUAGUCGGCAAGGAAGGGGAGGAGAGGAGGGAGCGGCACGAGCGGUUCGAAUGGUGGGAGGCUCUGAUGAGGGGUAGGGGUUUCUCCAGCCUCCAGCUGAGCCCCUUUGCACUGACGCAGGCAAAACUGCUGCUCCGGCUGCACUACCCUUCGGAAGGUUACCAGCUUAUUCAGAUGUCGAAGAACUGCUUGUUUCUAGCUUGGCAGCACAAGCCCCUCUUCUCAGUCUCUUCUUGGCACAUCAUGCAGCAAAGCCAGAAAGAACCCUAGUUGAUCUCCUCAAUUUGUUAGCUUUGCAUAUGCCUCUUUGAUCCAAUUUCCAUUUUCCUUGGUGGCGAGUUUUGCUUCUUUAAAACCAGUGGGGUUCUCAGAUGACAAAAAAAAAACAACUUGAAAAGAGGGACCAAAAUAUAGAUACAUCGAUAGGUUGAUAUAGCAUUAAAUGGUGAGGUCUUUGCUGAAAAACCCUAACCAUGAUUGUUCGACUCUGCUUGAUGUUUCAUGAGUAUGAUGGUGCACAAUGCAAUGGCGAAAUUUUUGUAGUAGUGAAGAAAAAGAUGUAGAGUGACCAGCUUCACUUAUAAGAAAGUAGUGAAGAAAAGAGAAUCUUAAGUCUCAGCAAUUUACUUGCUCUCUUUGUUUGGCUAGUCCAUUUGCUAGCCAGCUCCCUGCAAUUUAGCUAUCCCUGUAAUCCUGCGAUAUAUUGCAGUGUUUCAGAUGUCAAAUUCUUAGAUGCCAUCGACGAAGUCACAGUAUUGUGGUUGUUCGUAUGGCCUUUGCUUAGGCUUUUGGGCUAUAAUGUUGCUUGUGCUAG